AUGCACCAAUUCAUGCCGGGUGAGAGCAAUCUGAAGGAAAAUGCCCGAUCACCCGAGCGUCGGGAGAACUCUCGUCCGCCCCUGCGGGAAGUCCAACUGGCCAACGUGGAAGCUGAGCUGAAGCAGAUUUGCUCGACCUCUUUGGAGGCAGAGACCUCGAAGCGCCGAAGCCGUUGGGCCGCGGACAUCGAGUUUCGCCUCUCGCUCUUCGAGGCCGAGGACGCGGUGCUGCCGGCGUCACGUGGUGCGCCGGUGCUGCCGGUGCUCGGUAUGGAGCAGGUGAGGAUGGAUGAUCUGAAGGAGGAAGUGAAGGAAGUGAAGGAAGUGAAGGAAGUGAAGGAAGUGAAGGAAGGCGGUAUCUGUGAGACAUCGGAAACAGAUGCAGAUGGGGAAGCAGCCGCGAUUGAAACACUGGGAUCUGAGGAGCAGAUCCAUAUGGAAUCUCCAGAGGUUGAAAGUGAGUUGGACUUACCAAUUCCACGAAAUACCGGGGAGACCUCAGACUCAGAUUGGCCGACGCCGCCAGACAGCCCCAUCCAAAGUGCUUUUAGCUUUGCCAAGAGCUUUGAAUGUCCAAAGAUGACUCCGUCUGUGCAUUCCGUUUUCGAGGUGGAUACGAUUUCCUUUAGCUCAGAGGCUUCGCACAGUUCAAGUCCCAAAGCCCUUCCUCCGGCACUCACCGAGCGCAGCGAGCGCAACGAGCGCAGCUCGCACUGCGCAGCUCGCUGUGAAGCUCCAUCAUUCUCGACGGAUGUCGCCGUGAAGCGAGGCAAGUCGGUGUCGCCGGUGAAGAGGUUGGAAGCCUUGCCAUCAUGGAGUUUUGACACUUUGAGAGGCGAGCUGAACACCUUCCAAAGGUCUUUGCUGCGAGAACAAGAGAGAACAGAGAAACUGUCCAAGCUGAACCAGCAGCUUCAGCAGCUUCAGCUUCCAUCGCCAAGUCGGUCGAGAUGCCAAAGUCCGAGCUUGAAAAGAUCACGGUCAGGCCCAAUCCAGGUCCACACUCGCAGUGAAGCUUGGAUGGAGAGGAGGAAAGAGCGGCAUUACGCUCUCAGAGAAGAAAAAAGAAGAGAGGAGCAGCGAGAAUGCACGUUCCAACCUUUCGGGGUGUCGAAGCCGCGAUCACCUCGAGUCCAGCAAGACUUCUACAAUCGGCAGGUGCAAUGGCAGCAACUGCUGCAUGAGAAGUGGGACCAGGAACGCCAGCGACAGCGCCAGUGUCAAGAGUUGGAAGAGAACCAAGGUGGUGUUCGCGAUCGUCCAGACGCCAGCGGCCAAAGCGCCUUCGAGCGUUUCCACCAGCGAAACCAGCAGUGGCAGAAAGCGCAUGCCGAGCGAGCGGCCCGAGCGCAAGCGAGAGCACAAAGUGCCACACCCAGGAUGCGCCGAGGUGAACCGAACGACGAACGUCGACCACGGCGACACGUCUUCGACGCAUGUCUCGUUGCGUCCUCUUCGGCCGUGCGACACGGCCCCACGACGCAGGGAACGGCCGUGGGUGUUCCGCCGUCCGAGCGGCGGACGUCCGAGCGGAGCCAAGUCUUCCAUCACCUGCUGCAGUUGCGACGUGCGCUGGUGGAGUCCAAGCCGAAAGCUGCGGUCGGCACCGCGCCCUGGCAGAAAGCUCUUCGGGUGGAGGUGCAAGCGCAUCAGAUGCCGCCCGAGGUGGGAAACGCGUGGAAGGUCUCGACACGAGAUCCAAGCGGGAUUGGAGAUGAGAUGAAGGCGUGUACGGACUGCUCCCUCCACCAGCUUGAUCGUGGCUUUGCUGCUCCUCCAAGAGCGCGCCCACGCGUCAGUGCAGACGAGCUCCUGCCUCCAGCGCCCACAGCCCUGGACCUUCCAGCGACGACCCUUCAGCCACCAGUGCCAGCCUCGCUGCCUCCGACCAAGCUGCUAGUGCCCCCUCCGAGCGCACAUCGUGAUCGUCCACGUGAUGCCAAGAGAAAGAGAGAACAAGCAGAACACGAUGCCGAGCGACGGGUUUGGUCGGCCGACUCCUGGCUGUUGAACUGGAAGACCUGUGAUGCUCGAGGUCCGAGGGCCCGGAGACGGCGAUUCAUCCAUCCCUCCGGGGUGGAUCCGGCGCAAGCGGAGGCCAUAGCACUGCAGAAAGCAUGGGCGUUCAGGGACAAGUUGGUGAGGCAGCAUGUGUUGAAACCCGAGAGUCCAACAGUGCCAGGGGUGAAGUGGGACGCCGAGAAGAAGGCGUGGCGUGUGCAGUUCACGCUGCGCAAGACCAUCCUCCUCUCUUUGAAGAAGCAGUUUCAGUUUCGGAGACAAUCCAUCCAAUACAUCACUGGAGGUCUCUUCGCCAAGAAGAAGUAUGCAGAACGUGAGGCCUUGAGGCUGGCGAGAAAAUACCACCUGACUCGCUUGGCGAAGAGCGUCAGCCGCCUCCGAUGGAACGAGCCGAAGAUGGCACCGAUCCACCAGAGGGGGGGCACCACCUGGAAGUUGCCACGCCGAAACUUGCCAUCACGCACCGGGCCACUUCAUGAAAACUUCUUCCUCAGAGGUGGUUGA